UGUAUCUGAAUCUGACCCAUCACUGCAUUUAUGGCUUCCACUCAUUCACAUCACCUAUAAUUCUCUAACCGUUUCCCGUCCCUUCCCUGCAAGUUGCAACCCACAACAGGAUAACACCACUCUUCUUGUCAAUCUCAAUGAAAGAAAAUGGCGAUCACCCACUCCCUAAGCCACGGAGGCGCCGCCGCUGUUGCCUCAUCGUUGAUGGGUCGAUUCUACUUUUAUUCUUCAUCCUAUUCAUAGUCAUUCUCAUCCUAGCUUUGACAGUGUUCAAGGCUAAAGAACCUAAGGUCCAGGUUAUCUCAGCUUCCCUAGAAGGCGUUUCGCCUCGCAUCUCAUUCCCAGUUAUCAAUAUUGAACUCAACAUCACCCUUAACCUCAAGCUUCGAAUCCAAAACCGAAAUUACGCCAGCUUCAAGCACGGCCCUGGAAAGAGUUUUAUUCUUUACCAUGCAAAAGAGGUGGGAGAAGUAGACCUGGACCCGGGUGUUAUACCCUCUAGGGGGUCAACGACGAUUCCGUGCAGGCUUACUAUAGAGGUGGAUGAGUUAGCAUCAAAUCUGAUAAGCUUGAUCGGUGACAUAUUGUCUGGACAACUUGUUAUGGAAACACGUACAAGAAUUCCAGGGCGGAUUAAUUUCCUGGGGUUGUUCAAGAAGCAUGCUGUUGCUAAAUCUGCAUGCGAGUUCACCUUUGCUUUUCCUGCCAUGAAGAUUGAAAACCUGAAGUGCAAGUGCAAGACCAAGUUAUGAAAGUAAAUCUCAUUUAAA